AUGAAGUUUUUCAUUUCUCCUAAAAUCUUAGUAUUUUAGUGUUGAUAGUUGAGGUAAUACUCUGGAGCUAUCAGAACGUUGAGGUAAUACUCUGGAGCGUUCACAAAUCAAAAUUCGAAAGAAUCAUAGACGGUCGUAGUGGACUGAUAACAAAGACGAAAGUCAUCAAUUCAAAAUCAAAUUCAAGAAUAUCAAAUCAGGUAUAAACAUGUUUAUGUUAAAUUUAUUUAACAUCUUUCAAUACUAUAGAAUAUCAAAGUUCUGUUUAAAUAAUGUUCAAAUACAUGUUAAAAUAUUUCAAAGAUCAAUAUGACUGAAGUAUCAUAUUUCGAAGAAACAUCUAGUUAUCACUCAGAUGCUAUCUGUGAUAAUAAAAUAGAAAGUGCAGAAUUAUCUUUAACUGCAGAAGAAAAUUUCAAAAGAAAAUAUAACAUAUUCAAAAAUAUUUUCUCAAGAAAAAAUAUUCUGAAAUUUGGAAUAAUGACAGGAGAAGAAGCAAUUCCCAUUGAUUCUACUCAUGGAAAUAUAGUUAUAUCUACUAUAGAUACAACUCAACUUAAAGAAAGAAUUAAAACCUUUUCAGAAAAUGAAAGAUCUAAAAUUGGUUAUAUUCAUAUAUCAACCAUUCAGAUUUUAAUUAAAAGUACUUUUAUGAAAGGUAUCAAUUCACCUCUAGAAAUAGCUUUAAAAGACUCUAGAAUUCUAGACACAGAUCAAGCAACAAUUGCAAAAGGAAAUUGCAAUCUAAAAUAUGGUAAAAUCAAAUUUGAUAUAAAUUUACAAAUUGGUUUAUCCCUAAAAGAUAAAGAUCUUGAUAGAUCUAUAGUUUUUCAUUAUAAAAUGAAAAACAAAAAUUUUAUGAAAAAAGGUAAUCACCCCUUUACCAUUUACUAUAGAAUUAACUAUGCUUUGAGUAAUUCACAUCACAGUAUAGAAUUCAAAGGGAAAGACACAAUUCAUAUUGACGAAUUGUUUGCACCUAUAGUGACUCUAAAGUCACCUAUAUUCAGAAGCCUAGCAAGGAAUAGUUGUUCUUUGAUAGAAGCUGACAGAGAUCUGUUUGAGGAAACAGAAGACAAAUCGUUAUUUAGAAGCAAAAGCCUUAGAAUAACACCACCCAAAAAAGAUUUUUAUAUCUCAGAACAAAAAGAGCUAAGUAAGCUACAUAGUUCAAUAGAAGGACUAUCCUUACAAGUCCAAAAUUUAGAUAGAAAAAUCUAAGAGAUGCCUGGAGCAACUUGGGCAUACCUUUUAAAAUUAGAGUUAGGAGAAUACCAAAAAACUCUAAAAAUGAUUCUAGAAAGAGACCCCACACAUAUCUACGGAUUCUAUGAUGUGGUUA